CAACAAGCAAGUACUGCAGAUGCAUAGUCACGUUUGAAUUUUAUUUAAAUAAAAAUGAAAAUGUAUUACCUGCUAAUUAAAAAUGUUGCUAUUGUUCUCCAUCUAGUUAAAAAUUUUAGUGUUUGUCAAGAAAACUUUUUAGAACAAGUUUUGUUCUAAUACAUGUGGUUCUUAAGUUGAUAAUGUUACUGUGUCCCUAUUUACUGUCAGCAGCUGAGGUUCAUUUUUAGAUCAUAACAGUUUCUCUUAGAUGAUUUUUCUUGCUUCUUUGAAACUCUUUUCUAAACAUUUUUCAUUUUUACCCAAAUCUAGGGUGAAAAAUGCACUUCUGACACAUGCAUGAAUCACCUCUUUGUUUGAAAUAGGCCUGUGAGGAAACCCUGUUCCUGUGCAGUCUAUUCUUAAAGGGAAGUGAAGACUUGCUUGUGCAGCACUUUGUUUUUCUUUUCAUGCAGACACCACAGUUAGCACACACACUUGCAGCACGAACCACCCAGCUAAGCUGUCUUCUUCAGAAAAAAUGGCCCCCGAGGAGUUUGACGGUGGGACAGCGGUGGCUUGUGUGAUCCUGGGUCUGUCCUUUCUGAUAGGAGCUCCAGGGAACCUUCUGGUGAUCUGGACCAUCCUGAGACACGUCAAGCAGCGUUCCCACACAGUGGUGAUCAUCCUGCACCUGGCUGCUGCGGACCUGCUGGUCCUCAUCACCCUGCCUGUGUGGAUCUACUCCCUGGCCCACUCCUGGGUGUUUGGAGAGGCCUCCUGUAAAGCCAUGGUGUACAUGAUCAACGCCUGCAUGUACAGCAGCGUUUUCCUCAUCACCCUCAUGAGCGUGGAACGUUUUGUGGCCGUGCGCUAUCCUUUUGCCUCAGCUGACUGGAAGAGGAAAAAAGCUCUGAAUAAAGUACUGCUGACUUUGUGGACUGCAGCAUUCUUGUUCAGCAUACCUGUCAUCCCAACUCAGGUUGUAGGGGAGGAUUCUGGUAAGGAGCACUGUCUGUACCGCCAGUACACUUCUAACACCCAGGAGCUGGUGUGCGUGCUGCUAGAGACGCUGGUGGGGUACAUAUUACCCCUCACCAUCUUGGUGGUGUGCUAUGGCUGCCUGUGCAGCCGGAUUACUCAGAUGACCUUCAAGUCCAAGCGCAAGUCUACUGUUCUUAUCGCCAGUGUAGUGGUUAUGUUUGCCAUUUGUUGGACACCUCAUCACAUAGGAAAUUUCCUCUCGCUCAUCAUCCUGGCCACUCAAUACUCCUUCUCUGAUGCAGCAGAGAGUCUGGAGAAUGUCAGGAGCACCAUGAGCUUCAUCGCUGGAGCCAUGGUCUUCAUCAGCAGCACUGUUAACCCCAUCCUCUACAUGUUUGCAGCUCGCUCCUUCAGGAAGUCCCUGCGUGACACUGGCAUCCAGAAGCUCUUCCGCCACAUCUCCAGCACCUCCCCAGGCGAGGGUAACAGAGAGGUGUCCUUUGUGUCGAAGAGACACAGCAAACAGACCAACAGCUCUCAGUGUGUGUCGGAGUCAAAAGACCAAAUGAACAUAUUGGUCACAAUGUGUGAAAAUCCAUCCUGAUAUGGAAAAUCUAUGGGGAAAUGUCUGUGCUGUGUGUGAGAGUGUAGAUAUUCAUGGGUAGACAAUAUGUAUCUUGUAAUGAUGGAAACUUUGCCUGAAAUGAAGCUUAUUUUGUAUGAAAUUACAACAUAGAUUAACAGGAUGUCCGUUUGUCCGUCCAAACAAUACUUGUCCAACUCUGUAAAUGACCCACUUUACAUGUUUUUUUUUAGUUGUGAACAUAUAUUUAUAAACACGUUAUAUAUUAUGUACAAAGACUUAUGCCAUGCAGUAUUAAAAAGUAGUACAGUAAAUACUUAUAUACACGACGUCUCAAUGUCUCACUGUAAGAAAUUGUACUGAUCAUGUUAUUAAUUCUGUUUAAGGCAUUUUCUUAAACUGCCUGUAUUUCUGGGAAAGUGGUUAGACAAAACACAGUAGCUGGAAAUCCUGUGAUUGUAUCUCCCACUUCUUAUAUCUGCUUGUGCCAUGGGGAAAUAUUUAACUCACACGCUGCGGCUGUUUUGAUGAAUACAAGACUUUGAGAAAUGUUUAAUCUUGCUGUCUCUUUAUGUCUUCGGGAGCUGUAACCGUUGAUACCACUGGACUGUGCAAAUGUCAAUUUUCACAAGAAAUUUUGUUUAAUUUUCUCAUGAUGCCGUGUUUUAAUCUCUCAUGGAAUCCAAAAAUUACUACUGUUGUAAAAAUGUUUUUCACUCUCGACAAAUACGGUAACAAUUGUCCUUCUAUCACACUACAGACAUCAGUCAUACUUUCAACUUCCUCUCAAUGAAAAGAUUGCAAAAUGAAAAACUGCAUGUUCCCUUUGGUGAGCAGCAAAAAGCGGAAUCAUGUCUUAAUGGCUUGUCACAGUCACAGUCAAUCUUGACAGUUCAGUGUCAGCUUAUUUACUAAUGUUUGCAUAUUUUUCUCACACAGGCCAGUUAUAUAUAAUAUUCUAUUACCAUUAUCACCAUGCUGAGAUUGUCUGUUGCCAUAAUAACUCAAAAUGGUUGCUCCCAACUGACCAGUAGAUGGCAAUGGCAUCACUGUGCACAAAUUCAGUUUUGCAAUUAUUUCAGUCUGGUGUAAUAAUAAUCAUAAUAAUAAUAAUAAUAAUAUCAGUAAUAAUAAUAAUAAUAAUCAUAACAACAACAACAUAUAUAUUGGUAUUCAUAUUACACUACAGUUCCUCAAAUAUAAGUGACUAUGGCCUUUCAGGGCAGCUCAAAGCAGAUUUUGACACACAGGGAAGAAAUAUUGAGUAUUUUUUUUUUUCUUUUUUAAAGGAAGAAUUGACAUUUCACAGUAAUGAUUUUCCCAUGGGAUAUCGUUUGUGUAUUGUGUUGAAUACUAUGAGAUGGCUAAUUUGUGAUAAUGACUUGAACUGAUGAUUGAAUAA